AUGCAAGUCAAAAGGCUCCUAGCAAGUAGCGACUCACAGCUUGUGGUGAGUCAGGUCAACGGAAAGUUUGUAGCCAAAGACAGUGGCUUAGCUGUAUAUCUGAAAUUGGUUCUGAACCUAGUCCCUCAAUUCGAGAGAUUCGAACUGGUUGAAGUCCCACGCCUCGAAAAUACACACGUCGAUGCCCUGUCCAAAUUGGCCAGUAGCAGGGAUUCGGAGUUGCUAAAAAUUGUCCUAAUUGAGCGCCUACCGAAGCCCUCCAUCUCUGGAGACGAAGAGGUACUAUGGAUUGAAGGCACCCCACUUUGGAUGCAACCCAUCGUAGCCUACCUCAAUGAUCAAUCACUGCUAGCCUCGAAAAUCCAAGCGAAGAAAUUGAGGAGAAGAGCUGCUCACUUUAUUCUCCAGGAUGAUAUGAUCUACAAAAGGGGCUUCGCCUCGCCACUUCUUCGAUGUGUCGGAGGGGAAGAAACCAUAUAUAUACUCAGGGAGAUCUAUGAGGGAGUCUGCGGUAACCACUCCGGAGGAACAGCUCUGGCGCACAAAGUAUUUCGACAAGGUCAUGGCCGUUUGUCAAAUGGGACAUCGACUUUAUUGGCCCAAUCCCAAAGGGGAGAGGAAGCGCUAUUUUUGCCAUCGUUGCCAUUGACUACUUCACCAAAUGGGUUCGGCAUUCCCCACUCUUUAGAGUUUAACAACGGAAGGCAAUUCGAUAACAAGAAGAUGCGAAACUUGUGUGACAAACUCAGCAUAAGGAAGUACUUCUCAACACCUCAUCACUCCCAAGCCAACGGGCAAGUUGAGGCAGUGAACAAGACUAUCAAGCAUAUACCCUGA